UAUUUAAAUAAGUUAGAUUAAAAAAAUAUUGUCGACAGUGCCAUUGCGCAUUUUGGACCAUCUUUCUGAAUGCCCUUCACUUUUUUAGUAGACUUUAAAUUGGACAUUUUUAAAAUGCAACUUUUAAUUUGUAUGUACAUUUGGCAAAUGUUGGUUAUAUUUAGGAUUAUAUUUACCUUUUACGCUGGAUAAAAUUUUCUUUUAUACUCCUGUGGCCUCUUGAGAGCUCCCUGAGCGUUUGGAUACACCUGUGCACUUUUGGAGAUGUCCAUUUGGAUUCGCGGCUCACUUUUGGCUUUGUUGGAUUUUAUUCACGUGAAAAUAUUUUUCUCCGGAUUCUUUUGAUCUAGUCCAUAAGAAAAGGGUUCGUUUUACCAAUUAAUCCCACCAAUGGAGUCUGUGUAGCCUCUCAGAGAUGCUCCAUGACUUGGCAAACGCACGAAAAGCAGCAGCAAGUUCCUAAGAGUUCAGUUGCGCACUCCCGGACAAUCCCUCUUCAGUAUUAACUGUAUGACUACUGGAUGGACCAAAAUAAGUUGAAACCAUAGGGGUAGAACAGUAUAUUUCUGAGGAGGGGGCUUUACCUUUUAAUGCCAUUUUUAAAAUUAUUUUAUAAUGGGAUAUUGGAGGUCAUGUUUAUUUAGGGCCCAAAUGGCCAUUUUUAGAUUUGGGGGACUUUCUGGGCUUUUUAGAAAUGAUUUUGUCAAAUUUGUUCACCCCUACAUGAGCUACAGACAUGGAAGUGUCCUUUUUGCAGGGAUUGCUGGGAAGAAGAAGGAGGCUGUCGAGGUUGGGACUUUGGAGAGGGAGGUAUAGUUAGAGCCACUGUCUGAAAGGAAUCAUCUUCAUCAGGACCAGCAUCCAUAUUUUCAUUGUUCCAGUGUGAACUUGAAGAAAGGAAAUUUGAUAUCACGUCCCACUUCUUGACUCUGACCUCAGCACCUGCACCUCAGCCAUGAUGGAUGAGGAGAUCAUCGAGGAGAAGGCCAAGCUGAAGCAGGGUCUGGUCAAAGUGCUUCAGUGUGUGGCCACCAUCUCUUCAGCUGCUGCUGUAGUUAACCCCAUCUUUGGUGUUGCCGGUUCCCUGAUCCGGGUGGUGCUGCACCACAUCGAUGAUGAAGACAUUCGUACUCUGAAGCGCGAGUUUGCGUCAGUCAACCGAGGGCUGGACCAGCUCUCCCAGCUGAACCGCAGCACGCUUGUGCAGAUCAAGAAGGAAACGCUGGACGGCCAGUACAAUCAGGUUGAAGAGAACCUGAAGCACCAGUUCAGAAAGUUCAUGGAGAUGGUGGAGGCGCGGCCGCAGCACCGCGAGCGCAAGAAAGACGACUUUGAGGAGAGUUACGCCAACGAUCUGGGUGACCAGAACCUGCACACACUGUACGACGGCGUGGUGGGGAAACGCAAGCUGUUCAGUAGACCCAUCCUGGAGGUCUACUUGAAAUACUCCCAAGGCGAUCGCCAGACAAUGGAGCGACUGUGCACGCGCCUCACCUACCUGUUCUGCAUCGGGCUCAUCGCCCUCAUGGGGUACGCGGCCGUCAUCGGAGACGACGAGGAGGGCCUGAGCGAGGAGUGGGCUGAGAAGAUGGAGCACGUACAGGAGAAAAUGCAGGAAGCUCUUAGCAGGUGCAAGUGAAGAACCGUGAAGAGUCGUCGUCUCUGCUUCAUCAGUGCUUUUCUUCAGUUUUCGGACUCGCCGGUCCACAUUCCUUCUUUCAUUUUCUCUCCCAAUGACAACGUCUCCCUUCACUGCUUUAAAAGCCUGGUGAUUGCUGCACAUGUGAGCUGUGUGUGAGACGUGAGCAUGGCCCGUUUCCUGCUGCUUUGACAUCGAAUGGCUGAUUCCUCAACUUAAAAUGUUACUGCAGUGGUUUCAGCUCAUGGCAAGAAAAGAUAUAUUAAUCAUCCAUGGGUUCAGUAUGCUGCGCUAAAGAAAUUGCACACACAUAAUUAUACAAAAAACAUUAAAAAGUACUUU